CAUGCGCACUCGCAGCCCGGCCUGGUCUCCACCCGCCGUGCGCGCUCACAUUGCCGUGCGUUGUGACGUCAGCACGUACGUUACGCUCGUUGCGUGCGCGCGCGGAUCGCCAUGGAGGCCUCAGCGGGCGGCGGGGCGGCGCGGCGCUGGUAUUUCACCCGAGAGCAGCUGGACCGGAGCCCAUCGAGACGGGCCGGGCUGGAUCCCGACAAGGAGCUGUCGUACCGGCAACAGGCCGCCAACCUGCUGCAGGACAUGGGGCAGCGCCUCAACGUGUCCCAGCUGACCAUCAACACCGCCAUCGUGUACAUGCACCGCUUCUACAUGGUGCAGUCGUUCACUCAGUUCCACCGCAACCCUCAGGCUUACCUGCAGCAAGCCCAGGACCUGGUCAUUCUUGAGAGCAUCAUACUGCAGACCUUGGGCUUUGAGAUCACCAUCGACCACCCCCACACCCACGUGGUGAAGUGCACCCAGCUGGUGAGAGCCAGCAAGGACUUGGCGCAGACAUCCUAUUUCAUGGCUACCAACAGCCUGCACCUGACCACCUUCAGCCUGCAGUACACCCCUCCCGUUGUGGCCUGCGUCUGUAUCCACUUGGCCUGCAAGUGGUCCAACUGGGAGAUUCCAGUAUCAACUGAUGGAAAACACUGGUGGGAAUAUGUAGAUCCUUCAGUUACUCUGGAAUUGCUAGAUGAACUGACCCAUGAAUUCCUGCAGAUCCUGGAGAAAACCCCCAACAGGCUCAAACGGAUCCGGAACUGGAGGGCCUCACAAGCAGCCAGGAAAUCCAAAGCUGACGAACACGGCGAGGACGAGGGUCUGUCGGAACAAACCAUCCUCAACAUGAUCAGCAGGAACAACAGCUCGGACAUGAACAUCGCGGGGCUCAUGAGCAUGUCCACGUCCUCCACGGCCGGACCCUCCAUGGCCGCAAACACCGACUCUCCCUGCUCUCAAAGCGCUGCAGACCCGGCCCCUGCGGAACGAUGGCUGCCCCAACACCCCCCAUCUAAAGCGGAUGCCAAUAGGACUAACGAGAGCACGGCGGGGGCUGAGCAUCCCCCCCUGCAGCAGCAGGACGGAGCCGGGUACAUGAAGCAGGGAGGGAAGAACGCGCCGGCAGCCAAAGUGUCAUUGAAGGAAUAUCGGGCUAAACACGCCGAGGAGCUGGCGGCGCAGAAAAGGCAAUUGGAAAACAUGGAGGCCAACGUACGGUCCCAAUACGCCUACGCAGCAAAGAACCUCCUGGUGCAGCAGCAGAGGGAGAGGGAGGUGCAGCAGGACGGGACCCCCCCCAUCAUCCUGAAGAUCCCCAUCGCUGACAACCCCGAGCGCCCCCCGGAUAAAGGUGACAAGAGCUCGGCCCUGAAGCUGAGGAUCCCGAUGGGGGCUGGGGGGGGGCAGCCGGUGUCCAAGCAGGAGGAGAUCAAGAUGCGCAUCAAGGUGCCGGGGGUGAUGGAUGAAGGUGGAACCAAGGGCCGGGAGCACAAGGAGAAGCACAAGGGCCACUCGUCCAACCACCACCACCACAACCACCACUCGCACAAACAUUUACACCCGCAGCUCGUGGGACCCGGCGCCGCCCCCAACAAACGCCCCGCAGACCCCAAGCACCCGGCGCUGCCCGCAGCCCCCCCCCAUAAGAGCUACAACCUCUUCGGCUCAUCCCGCAAGCGGCCGAUGCAGGACGAAGGUCCCCAUGAGCAUCAACCCAAAGUCAGCAAAGGCCCCAAAGCCCCCCCGGCCCCGUUCCCGUACCAGCACCUCCCUGGGGGGGGGCACAGCUCGGACGCCCCCCUCCCCACGUUGCCCUCGGGACCCCCUAAAAGUCGGGGGGGACCCCACGGGAAAUCGGACAAAGGACCCAGCGGGGCCAACGGCCACAACGCCCCCCAGCCCAGUGACUACCAGGAUACGGUCAAUAUGCUGCACUCGCUGCUGAGCGCUCAGGGGGUGCAGCCCAACCAGCCCCCCCCCCAAUUCGAGUUCCAUUCCUAUGGGGAGCUAUUGAACCCCAGGCAAAGCGGCCGAGCUGCCAACACGGACAGACCCCGACCCCCCCCGCUGCCGUCAGAACCGCCCCCCCCGCUGCCCCCCCUCCCCAAAUAAUAAGGGCCCGUUUUACUACUGAGUUCCUACAGCCCCCCCCGACCCUGUAAUGAUAAUGGGAAGGGGGGGGGGGAGGAAGGGCUGGUUUGUUCGACUGCCUCACAAAGAACCUUAUUUUAUUAUUAUGAUGCUUUUAUUAUUGGGGGGGUCAAGCUGGGACACGACGGAUCCCAGCCUUCCUCCUCUCCCUCCUCUUCCUCCUCCCCCCCCCCAUUCACGGUGGGUUCUGCCCCCCCCUCCCCCCCAACC